AUGGGUAUUCCGGCGGCUUUCCGAUGGCUUUCCAACAAGUACCCCAAGAUCAUCUCGCCAGUCAUUGAGGAUCAGCCCAUCACGCUCGAAGAUGGAUCUACGAUUCCCGUCGAUACAACUCGACCAAACCCAAAUGGCGAAGAGCUUGAUAACCUUUACCUCGACAUGAACGGUAUCGUUCAUCCUUGCUCUCAUCCCGAGGACAGACCCGCCCCCAAGGAUGAGGAGGAGAUGAUGCUCGAGGUAUUCCGGUACACUGAUCGCGUUGUCAACAUGGUGCGACCGCGAAAGAUCCUGAUGAUUGCCGUUGAUGGUGUUGCGCCCCGAGCCAAGAUGAACCAACAGCGAUCCAGACGUUUCCGCUCUGCCCAGGACGCCAAGGAAAAGGAGGAGGACAAACAAGAGCUCAUCAAGCUCUUGAAGCAGCAGAAUGGGGGUAGCCUAUCGGCCGAGAGCUUGGAGAGUGUGACCAAGAAAGCAUUCGACUCGAACUCCAUCACGCCUGGAACUCCGUUCAUGGACAUCCUCGCGCUCAGCUUGAGAUACUGGUGCCAAUACAAGCUUAAUACGGAUCCUGGCUGGGCUAAGCUUAAAGUCAUCAUUUCUGAUGCCACUGUUCCUGGAGAAGGAGAGCACAAGAUUAUGUCCUUCGUCCGAUCUCAACGCGCCUCUCCUGACCACGACCCAAACACUCGCCAUGUCAUCUACGGUCUUGACGCAGAUCUUAUCAUGCUGGGCCUCGCCACUCAUGAACCCCAUUUCCGAGUUCUACGUGAAGAUGUUUUCUUUCAGGAGCAGAAGGCCCGUCUCUGCAAGUUGUGUGGACAAAAGGGACACGAUGCUCAGAACUGUCGCGGCGAGGAGAAGAAGAAGGACGGUGAACACGACGAGAAGGACAAGGGUGUCACCCUGAAGCCCUUCAUCUGGCUUCACGUUUCCGUGCUACGGGAGUAUUUGGAGGUCGAGCUGAGUGUAUCGAAUUUGCCCUUCCGGUUUGACUUGGAGCGUGCCAUUGAUGACUGGAUCUUCAUGUGUUGUUUCGUCGGUAACGACUUUUUGCCUCAUCUUCCGGCCUUGGAGAUCCGAGAGCAUGGCAUCGACACGCUGACAAAGCUCUGGAAGGACAACCUGCCUGUCAUGGGCGGUUAUGUCACGAAGGAUGGACAUAUUGACUUGGAAAGAGCGCAGGUUAUUUUGGACGGGCUUGCGAAGUUAGAAGAUGGCAUCUUCAAGCGAAGAAAGGAGCAGGAGGAUCGGCGAGAAGCCAACAACAAGAGACGGAGACUCCAGAACGAGAACAAUGGUCGAGGUGGGCGUCAGAGUGGACAGUCGACUCCUCGAAUCAACGGCCACAUGAACCCAUCUCAAGGUAUGGCGCUGCACCCCAUCGCGUCCUACCCGAAACCCGAGAAGCCCUUGACCCAUGACAUGAUUGUCAACCGAAGCACCGCCCCGGACGCGAAUGUGGCGAACAAGAGCGCUGCCAGUGUUCUCAAAGCCCAGCUGCAGUUGCAGAAGUCACUGUCUACUGCAAAGCCGGAGGACGCUACUCAGGAGUCCCCGUCGGCGCUUGGAAAGCGGAAAGCUUCUGAACUUGAAGAGGACGGCAGCUCGACUACCGGAACCCCGGGGACCACGACGCCAGCACCAGCUACCGAAGAAGGCCCAGUUGAUGAAGUUCGCCUUUGGGAAGAUGGCUAUGCCGACCGCUACUACGAGAAGAAGUUCCACAAGGACCCUAAAGACAUUGAGUUCCGUCAUUCGGUCGCGCGGGCCUAUGUGGAGGGACUCGCUUGGGUUUUGCUGUACUAUUUCCAGGGAUGUCCUUCCUGGGAAUGGUACUACCCCUAUCACUAUGCCCCGUUCGCAGCUGACUUCAAGGACUUGGCCAAGAUGAACAUCAACUUCGAAAAGGGCAGGACAUCGAAGCCCUUCGAACAGCUGAUGAGCGUCUUGCCUGCUGCGUCCCGUCAUGCAUUGCCUGAGGUGUUCCACGAUCUCAUGCUCAACCCAGAGAGCCCCAUCAUUGACUUUUACCCUGAAGAUUUCAAGGUUGAUCUCAACGGAAAGAAGAUGGCUUGGCAAGGAAUUGCCCUGCUUCCUUUCAUUGAGAUGCCCCGACUUCUGGCAGCGGUGCAGGGCAAGUAUCCGGAGCUGAGUCCUGAGGAUUCGGCCAGGAACGAAAUGGGCCGAGAUGUGCUCAUUUUCUCCGAAGGCCAUGAGAGCCUGUAUGAUGAGGUGUUGACCAAGUUCUACUCGAAACGUCAGGGAGACUCCAAGUUCAAGUUGGACCCUAAGAAGAGUGAUGGGCUAUCUGGCAAGGUCGAGAAGAAAGAUGGCUAUGUUCCUCACGGCGAGCUUAAGUAUCCCCUCGAGCGGAAAGCAAUGCCGGACCUUGACUACGACCGUUCUGUGACGGUCUAUUACGACUUCCCACAGACAUCCCACACCCACAAGUCGAUGCUUUUGCGUGGGGUCAAGAUGCCUAAGCCUGCACUCACGCCUAGCGACGUUGAGAUCAUUCGAAGCAAGGCCAGCAGGGGGGGCCGGGGCGGCUAUGGGCGAGGAGGCUAUGAUCGAGGUGGUUACAAUGGGCCUGGAAUGUCGCGAGGAAACCAGUAUGGACGACCGCAAAACGGAUAUGGCAGAUCGGAUGGGCACUAUCAAUCACGCGGGCCUCCGCCGAUGCCUCCACCACCGGGGGCGCCCGGAUUCGGCAUUGGAGUCCCGCCGCCACCUCCUCCGCCAAAUUACUACAACAAUCGGCCCCACGACAACUACCGUGGUGGUGGUUAUUCAGGCUACAAUCAGCCUAGAGGUCCUCCACCCAUCCAAACACCUCCCGGGUAUCAAGGGUAUGGUGGCCAGGGUGGACAUGGUGGACAUGGUGGCCAGUCUUAUGGCAGAGGUAGGGGUUCCGGAGGUUAUAGGGAUGGACGGUCUUAUAGGUAG